AUGAUACAACCAGUGGAUGAAAAGAUUAAAGAUCAAACAGCACCAACUCAAACAUCAUCAGAUAAGAAGAUUACAGAUAGUCCAGCACCACCACAGCAGUCUCCACCAAUCAGUAUUGAUCAUCAUGUGAAAAUACCCUAUCCUCAGAGACUCCGAAAGACCAAUCUAGACAAGCAGUUCACAAAAUUUCUAGAGGUCUUUAAAAGAUUACACAUCAACAUUCCUUUUGCUGAAGCUUUGGAACAAAUGCCCCGUUAUGUGAAGUUUAUGAAAGAGAUUCUGUCAAAGAAGAGAAAAAUGGAGGACUAUGAAACAGUGGCAUUAACUGAGGAGUGUAGCGCCAUUUUGCAAAAGAAACUACCGCCCAAGCUUAAAGAUCCGGGUAGUUUCAAUAUUCCAUGCUCUAUAGGGGGUUCGGUGGAAACUAAAGCUCUAUGUGAUCUGGGAGCAAGCAUUAAUCUAAUGCCCUUGUCUGUCUUCAAAAGGCUAGGAUUGGGAAAAGCAAAGCCCACAACAGUGACUUUACAACUAGCGGAUCGUUCUUUGACUCAUCCUCGUGGGAUAAUUGAAGAUGUACUAGUGAAGGUUGGUAAGUUUAUCUUCCCUGCUGAUUUCCUAAUUCUUGAUAUAGAGGAAGAUUCAACUAUUCCCAUUAUUUUGGGAAGACCAUUCUUAGCCACGGGUCGAGCAUUAAUAGAUGUUCAAAAGGGGGAGUUAAAGUUGCGAGUGCAAGAUGAAGAGGUCAGUUUUAAUGUUUUUGCCCCAACCGACAUUCCUACCUGGAUUGACUUGAUAGCUUAG